AACAAUGUUAAUUAUAUGUUAAUAUCAUUUUUAAAACUUGACGAUAGGCCGACGUCAUUGUUAAUACCUAAUCUAUGUUGGCCCAGAUAUAAAAUAAUAUCAAUGGCAAGAUUAAUGGGAGAGAAUAGCAUCAGCGUCGCUUACUCACUGCAGGCAAAUAGAACAGAGUAUUUUCUGCAGCAUAUCAUCGUGUUUGUUGACUUGGAAUGUCCUAAUUCUGAUGAAUUUUUAUUGAAGGCUAGUGAAGAGAACUACUUGAAAUCACCAUAUAGAUGGUUGUUGCUGGCACCUGAGAAUUCUAGUAGAAAAAACGAAGUUUUAGACAAUAUGGAAAUACUGGUUGAUAGUGAUGUGGUGGUCGCUAGUAAAACAGAUGAAGAAUUCAUAUUUACUGAAGUUUACAAGAUAUCUAAAGAUAGCGAAAUAAUUUAUACGACUCGAGCAAUAUGGCGUCCUGUGAAUUAUAAAUAUAAAAUAUAUAACAAUACAAACUUAAAUGAUGUUAAUUUUGCUAUAUCUGAAAGCAGUCGCAAGAAUGUAGGACAUAAAAUAAUAAUAGAUAAUAAAUACGGUGUAAUAGAAGACUACAGAAGAUCAACAUCACUGUUUAUUAGACGAAAAGAUUUGAGAGGACAUAUUCUUACAAUGUCGAAUGUAAUAAUAGACAAUAAUCAAACUAAAGAACACUUGAAUGACAGACUGUUUCUUGAUCAAGAUUUAGUAACGAAAGUAUCGUACGCUGUUGUGAAGAUAUGUUUUCAGUCGCUUAACGCUACUGAAAAAGUUUUAUUUACCUCCACUUGGGGAUAUAAAGACAAAAAUGGAAGUUAUAACGGACUCAUAGAACAGCUAAUAAAGAAAGAGGCGGAUUUAGGUACCAUAGCAUUCUUCAAUAAGCAACGGUUAGACGUCAUCGACUACAUAGCGAUGGUGUUAUCCACUGGCGUCAGGUUCGUGUUCAGGGACCCACCACUCCCGUAUAUUUCCAAUAUCUUCACGCUGCCCUUCACCAGAGACGUGUGGCUGGCCAUUUUUGUUUGUAUUUUGGGGUGUGCCUUGUUUCUAUAUAUCACAUCCAAAUGGGAAGCCACUAUGUCCACGGAUCAUUACCAAAUGGACGUCCUCAUACUAAUCAUAGGAGCUGUCUUACAACAAGGAUCCACUCUUGAACCACGAUAUGCGCCUGGUAGAACUGUGACUCUGCUACUCUUCCUAGCGCUAACAAUCCUGUACGCUGCGUACUCAGCCAACAUUGUAGUACUACUAAGAGCUCCCAGUUCCUCAGUGAGGAGUUUAUCUGACCUUCUGAAUUCACCUCUUAAAGUCGGAGCUAGUGAUAUGGUAUAUAAUAGACAUUACAUGAAACAAGUGAAUGACCCAAUAAGGAAAGGUAUAUACGAUACCAAGUUUGCACCCAAAGGGAAAGCACCAAAUUAUUUUGAUAUGAAGGAUGGAGUAGAGAAAAUUAGACAGGGUUUCUUCGCAUUCCACAUGCCACUAAACCAAGGAUAUCGCCUGAUACAAAAAACAUAUCAGGAGAAUGAGAAGUGUGAUCUGGUGGAGAUAGACUACAUCAACGAGGUCGAACCCUGGUUGCCGGGCCAGAGAAGGUCUCCUUUCAAGGACUUAUUUAAAAUUACCUUUCUGAAAAUUCGCGAAACGGGAAUCCAAGCGAACAAUCGUCACCGGCUGACGGUUCCUCGGCCGCGCUGUUCAGGCUCCGUGGCCACAUUCAGCAGUGUUGGCAUUACUGACAUGUACCCGGCCAUGAUGGCCACGUUCUACGGCAUGCUGAUGGCGCCAGCGGUGCUGCUCCUGGAAAUUGCAUACUACAGACUAAUGAAAAUAAGACAGCGUAGACAGCAUAAAUCGAUAAAAUCUAAAAAGACACAUUCAGGACUUGAAUCGGUCGCCACCUCGGCCGGUAUAUCUGUCGGAGAAGACCAUUCCUAGAUAACGGAGAUCAUUGCCUUGCCUUUAUCCUAUUAUUUAGGUUCAGCGCUUAGGAAGACAUAAAUAUAAUAAAAGUAUCAAAUAUAGAAGUAGAAAAACAACUUGACUUUUAAACAUUUCGGUUGCCACCAUGAUAAUAAAAGAUAUAUAUUACUGAGAUUUUGUAAAAAUACAUUGCGUUUCACCUCAUUUCAGCCUCCA